GCAGAGCCGGUGUUACUGCUUCUGCUGCCAAGCCUUCUUGAAACAACCGGCGUCUCUAAGAGGAGUUCCACUGAAACUUUCGGACAGAAACUUCAUCAUGGCCAAUAAAACGACCCCACUUCUUUUGAAGGCACUGCUGGACGUGUCCGAAGCACACUCAGCUAAAGUUGUGCGAGGAAACACCAAAAUAGCUAAUACCAGACGUUUGAGCUCCUGUGGUGCCCUGGUAGCUAGAAGAGCCAGCUUGCCUCUCUGCCCAACCAUCCCAACCGUCACAACUAGCCGGGGCUUCAUCCACCUGGUUGCUCCCAUCAGCACCCGCAGGAUGGAGUACUCUGAAUGCCGGACAUUAGGGUAUACUCCAGCGCAGAUGUACGAUUUGGUGGCAAAUAUCAACCAGUACCAUCACUUUGUGCCCUGGUGCACGAAGUCACAGGUCAUGAAGGGACCAAAUGGUCGUGUCCUGGCAAAGCUCGAAAUAGGUUUCCCCCCCAUCUUGGAGCGCUACACGUCUGAGGUCACCUGCGUCCCAAACCACCAAGUCAGGGCUUUGUGCACUGAUGGAUCCCUCUUCAGCCAUCUUGAAACAAUAUGGAGGUUUGCCCCUGGAGACAAAGACGUUCCAGCUUCCUGCAAAGUGGACUUCUAUGUGUCAUUUGAGUUCAGAUCUCUUCUGCACUCUCAGCUAGCCAGCCUGUUCUUUGAUGAAGUGGUGAAGCAGAUGAUCGGUGCCUUUGAAUCACGAGCUGCAACGCUCUACAGUAGCCAACAGGAGGCAUCAUUGAGGAGGCGGUCAACAUGAGGAGACCACUUUUACUUUCCCACAAUCCACAUCCACCUGGACCAAAGCAUUCUCUCUCUCCUGUCAACACUGGCUCUUACACAGCAGCUUGAUCUUCUAUUUGCACUAACUCGUAACCUUAAGCUUGAGUCGCUUUGCACAUUGAAUAUACUUAAAACCUUUUAUCUGAAGCUAUAAAGGAAUUCAUAUAACCUCUUGUACAUAUAUAUUUAUUUAAAGGAAAUUAAUGAAUACAAUGUACAGACUCCACUGUUUAGUAAUGUAAAAGAGAUAUGGGUUCUUUCUUGUAAAGCAUUUUAUUUUUGUUGGUGGAAUUAAAAGGCUCUAUUUUUUUAAAA